AUCGUAGCAGCGCGUGAAGAAGCAUGAAGACGAACGUGACUGGAAGAGCGGCGUGCGCGAGAAUAAUGUAACCAUCGCCCAGCCACAGUCACUCUUCGGCGGACCAGCGACACACUUACAAUCCGCGCUUUCGCUCCUGGAGCUGCUGAUUCAUGGGGGCUUUCGACUCAGGUGGCUGAGAGAUGCAAAGAUCUUGGCAAUAUAGGAGGAUUUUCUGUUGACCCUGUGUUUAAGUGGGUGUCCCGAAACUCAACCAACCCUGUGCUCAAAAAGAUGCUGGUAAUAUUAUCUCUGAACAAUAGAGUAAAUGCAGUGCCUUGCUAAAAAGAGCCGUGCCGCCACACAAAGGGGAAGCCACACAGAAUGUCUUGGGUCAAUGGCUUUAAAGCUGCAAGAGUGGACAACCACAAGACAGCAUGGGGUGAACGCAAUGGAAGAAAAUCAAGGCAUAAAAGGGGCUCGUCCUUGUGUAACCCACGCUACAUGAGCUGUCUACGGGACCCGGAGUCUAUGGAGGCCCCAUCACAACACUACUCCCGUGCAGCAGGGGGCGCCACCAGCAGCAACUUCAGCACACGCUGCGUUUGGCAGGAAGACCAUUAUGGCAGGAAGGGCGAUGUGGGUCUGAGAGCCGUGGACUUGGCCUUUGAAGAUGCUGAGACGAGGCAAACAAAAAACGGUGACGACCCUGAUGUCGCCGGAGAGGAGAGGAAGGGUCCUGACAGGUGUUUUUUGACUUGCUUCUUCCGUCUAGCACACAUUUUUCAGUCCAAAAAGUUCAAGUCAGCCAAACUGGAGCGACUGUAUCAGCGGUACUUCUUCAGACUCAAUCAGAGCUCUCUCACAAUGCUGAUGGGGGUUUUGGUUGUGGUUUGUGGGGUCAUGCUGGCGUUUCACUGUGUCCAGGGUCCCCCAGACGUGGCAUACGCUUCAGUGCUUUCUGUAGCCAUGGGUCUGUUCUUGACUUUGAUGGUGGUGUGUAACAGAAAUGGCUUUCAUCAGGACUACAUGUGGAUUGUGAGCUACUUGGUGAUGGGGGUGCUGGUGGUGGUGCAGGUGUUUGGCCUGUUGAUGGUGGAUCCGCCCAGCAUGCCUGAAGGGAUCUGGUGGACCGUUUUCUUCAUCUACAUCAUCUACACGCUGCUGCCCGUGCGAAUGAGGGCCGCAGUGAUCACCGGAGCUGUUCUGUCCACCAUUCACAUCGUUAUGGCAUGGAGAUUUAACCUUGAGGAUAGCUUCCUUUACAAACAGCCUGAGACCUGGUUACACGCUUGUAUAUAUCUCCCUCAUGUUGACUGGUGUCUCUCAAACCUGAUCCAGGAGCGCCUGCUGCUCUCUGUGUUGCCAAGGCACGUUGCCAUGGAGAUGAAGGCCGACAUCAACGCCAAGAAGGAGGAUAUGAUGUUCCACAAGAUCUACAUCCAGAAACACGACAACGUCAGUAUCCUUUUUGCGGACAUUGAGGGCUUCACCAGUUUGGCGUCUCAGUGCACCGCUCAGGAGCUGGUGAUGACCCUUAAUGAGCUUUUCGCUCGCUUCGAUAAAUUGGCUUGGGAAAACCACUGUCUGCGGAUCAAGAUCCUGGGGGACUGUUAUUACUGUGUGUCUGGGCUUCCGGAGCCGAGGGCCGAUCACGCGCACUGCUGUGUGGAGAUGGGAGUGGACAUGAUCGAGGCCAUCUCGUUGGUUCGAGAGGUCACCGGGGUGAACGUGAACAUGCGUGUGGGGAUUCACAGUGGUCGUGUGCACUGCGGCGUCCUCGGCCUGCGCAAAUGGCAGUUUGAUGUCUGGUCCAACGACGUCACUCUAGCGAACCAGAUGGAGGCGGGAGGCAAAGCAGGGCGGAUCCACAUCACCAAAGCCACAUUGCAGUAUUUAAAUGGUGACUAUGAAGUGGAAGCAGGUUUCGGAGGGGAUAGAAAUGCAUACUUGAAUAACAACAACAUCGAGACGUUUUUUGUACUGGGCUGCAGUCAGAAAAGGAAAGAGGAAAAGGCCAUGAUGGCUAAGAUGCAGCGCGCCAGAGCCAACUCUUCAGAGGGUCUGAUGCCUCGGUGGGUUCCUGACAGAUCUUUCUCCAGGACUAAAGACUCCAAAGUCUUCAGGCAGAUGGGCAUAGAUGAAGCCUCCAGCAAAGAUAACCGCUGUGCCCAAGAGGCUCUGAAUCCUGAGGACGAGGUCGACGAGUUUUUAGGUCGUGCCAUCGAUGCUCGCAGCAUCGACCAGCUGCGGAAAGACCAUGUCAAGAAGUUUCUACUCACAUUCCAGACACCUUUACUGGAGAAAAAGUAUUCCAAAAAGGUGGAUGAUCGUUUUGGAGGUUAUGUGGCUUGUACCCUCCUCGUCUUCUGCUUCAUCGUUUUUAUACAAAUCACCAUAUUUCCACAUACACCAUUAAUGCUGGGCUUGUUCAUCACCAUCUUUAUUAUUCUCGCCCAUGUGCUCUUUAUAUGUGCCAUUUACUCCUGCGUUAAGCUCUUCCCAGUUACCUUGCAGACAGUGUCAAAAAGGAUUGUUCAGUCUCGUAUUAACAGCACGCUGGUCGGAGUCUUCACAAUUCUGCUUCUCUUCAUCUCUGCCUUCGUUAAUAUGUUUACCUGUGACCGGACGGAUCUGCUAGCAUGUGUGGCCGGACAUCUGAAUAUUUCUGAAUCCAUCACACUGUGUCUGCUGUAUAACCUGAGCGGACUGGCAGAGGAUCCUUUCUUCCUGUGUCUCGAUCAGCCUUCAGCCUGUCCUUUACCCGAGUAUUUCACAUACAGUGUGCUGCUGACUCUGCUGUGCUGCUCCGUGUUCCUGCACAUCAGCAGUAUAGGCAAGCUGGUGCUUAUGCUCUUCAUCCAGAUCUGCUUCCUGCUGCUAAUCGAGUGGCCUCUAGUCAGUCUGCUGGACAACGCUGACCUACUGGACACCGUCGAUGCACUGUACGCUUUCAAUGAAACAAAUUAUUGCCAGGAAACGGUGACUAAAGUGUCUCUGAGGGUGUCGAUUCCUGUCAUCCUCACUGUAUUUGUCCUGGCUCUCUAUCUGCAUGCACAGCAGGUCGAAUCCACAGCACGCCUCGACUUCCUCUGGAAACUUCAGGCCACCGAAGAAAAAGAGGAGAUGGAGGAGCUGCAGGCCUACAACCGUCGUCUUCUUCACAACAUCCUGCCCAAAGAUGUGGCGGCUCACUUCCUCGCCAGAGAGCGCCGAAAUGAUGAGCUUUACUAUCAGUCCUGCGAAUGUGUGGCCGUUAUGUUUGCAUCCAUCAGCAACUUCUCUGAGUUUUACACUGAGCUCGAGGCCAACAAUGAGGGUGUUGAAUGCCUGAGACUGCUAAAUGAGAUCAUCGCUGACUUCGAUGAGAUCAUCUCUGAAGAGAAAUACAAGCAGCUAGAGAAGAUCAAAACGAUUGGUAGUACUUACAUGGCUGCAUCUGGAUUGAACGAUUCAACGUACGACAAAGAGGGCCGAACACACAUUCUGGCUCUGGCUGACUAUGCCAUGAGGCUACGAGAACAGAUGAAGUACAUCAAUGAACACUCAUUCAACAACUUUCAGAUGAAGAUAGGUUUGAACAUUGGGCCAGUGGUUGCUGGUGUGAUUGGAGCCAGAAAGCCUCAGUAUGACAUAUGGGGUAACACAGUGAAUGUGGCCAGUCGCAUGGACAGCACAGGUGUUCCCGAUCGUAUCCAGGUGACCACAGAUUUGUACCAUGUUCUAGAAAGUAAGGGCUACCAGCUGGAGUGUCGUGGACUGGUCAAAGUGAAGGGGAAAGGAGAUAUGACCACUUACUUCCUCAACAGUGGUCCUGUCUGCAGUUAACACUGACCAAAUGCUUCUCCAUGCACUGAAAUGCAGAAAGGACGACACAAGACUCUCAAUGGCAUUUGAGCAGAACCAAAUAUAGAACCACUCGUGAAGAUUGACGUGGUAUUUAUAUAUGCACCUAUUGGGAAUAAUGAAGUACGCUCUACCUGGAUGACUGAAUGAAGAAUUGUUGCCUUAGAAGGAGAGGAUUAUGAAGAAAAAGCAUUUUUUUUAUUAUUAUUUUUUUGUGGAAAGACUUCUUCCGUACCAAAAUUUGAAUUGUUUAUUUAUUUUGACAGUUUUUAAACUGUGUAAAUAAAAAAUGAUUAUAUAUGCAAGCAUCAAAAAGCAAGAAGAAGCUGACCAAAGAACAAAGUAUAUGAAGUAGGAAAUCUCUACACAAGUGAAACCGUUUUAAAAUGUCUGAAGUGUUAUUCAUUUUUGUCACAUUCUAUUAUAAACACUGAAGCAAAAAAAUACAUCUGUCUUCAUCGAAGGCCUUAGAAACAAGAAUUUUAAUUCAUUGUA